GUCCUCUGCAGCUGCCCCUGAUGUUUGCCGGUCCGUACAGGGCAGUGAACAGCUGAGCCAGUUUUUCCAGUGAGGCUGGUCUUCUCGUGUUUACGCUUGUCAGUUGUCAAUCCGUUUCGGGCUUACGGGCGUGUCCAAUGAGCGGCGCACAAGUCGUUGAUCAUGGAGGCUUGGAGGAAUCCGCAUCCGCAUCGUCAUCGUCAUCCGACAACUGCUCUACACCAUCCAGAUUGUCCACCACAACAUCGACGCCACCACCAACACCACCAACAUCUCCUCUAAAUCUCCCAUACCACAUCCCAAGCUUCUCACCGACCACCGACCUGAGCAGAAUCAUAUCCUACGACAAACCCACAUCUCAACACACACACUUUGCCCAACCAACCCUCCAGUCUCUUUACACCACCACCGCAACAAAUCAUCGAGUCGCAAUGGGCCGCUGGAAAGAUCUCGACACAGACGCCGAGCGUCUGCCCGAGAACAUGACCCGCAUAGGCUACGACGCCGACACCCAGGUCUACACCUACCGCGACAACACCGACGGGACCAUAUGGGAGGGCGCACCCGGCGCCACCUACGGCAAGCUCUUCCCUGUCAAGCCCCCGACACCAUUACCCAGCGUCGAGGUUCCAGAGAUCGACGGUACGGAACCUGGCUACGUUCUCGAAGAAGGGCCGGAUCACGAUCCUUUCGGUGACCAUAACGCGGUACGAGAGGGUGAUGAGAAGCCCAAGAGAGGAUACAGCACGAGGAAGAGGGUGGACUCGGUGAUGGAUCGAAUUGCUAAUGUCAGGGAGAAGCCGGAUAGGAGGCCCAGUCGGAGGGAGAGCCGGAGGGAAAGGGGAGAUGCCGGAUACGGCGACGAGAAGGGCUUGGAGAGGAAAAUUACCAAGAAAGAGCGUGACGGUCACCGCUACUCGGAGAAAGAAACCGUCUCCCGCUCCAGCACAACCCGCACAACCCGCACCGGCUCCGUCCCCAGUUGGGACCCCCGGCCAUCACCACCACAACAAGAGGGGAGCUCAAAGCUGAAGCGAGCUGGAACCCUCUCCCGCCUCUCCCGCUUCCUAACAGGCAAGCGCAAAGAAGACGAUCCAGAUUACGACGUGACCCCGGGCACUGGAAGCGGAAGUAGUGGUUGGAAUGCGAACGGUGCGCGACCGCGGACUCAACCGCAGACGGAUUGGAAUCGGACUCCCCAGCCGGGCACAAGGAGGAGGCAGAGAGCCACGACUUUCGAUGACAUUCUGGCGGGGAUUCCAGGACAGCAUUGA